AUGAAGUCCUUUAUUCUCGCUGCCUCGGCUGUCACUGCCGUUGCUGGCCACAGCCUGCUUGACCUGGGCAUCGACGUCCAGGUUGGCGACCUCAUCAACCUCGGAGUUGGCCUCGACCUCCACCUGCCCGAGGGCCUUGCUCUUCCCGAGGCUGCUGCGGACAAGCCCUCUGCUGGCCCUCCCGCUGGCCGCGUCAACGUCUGGCACCCGCCUCACGUCGGAGUUCAGAUUGAUUCUUGCCAAGACGAGAGCGCCGGUAGCUGGCACUAUGUUGAGCCUUGCGGCGAUGGCUGCAAGACCGACCAGCCCUCGCAGGUCUGGACCACGAGCACCGUCAGCGUCACCUCGAUGCACACCGUCAUCAGCUGUGCUCCCACCGUCACCAACUGCCCUGCCAACGGCCACCACACCACCGUCACCACCGUCGUCAUCCCCGAGACCACCACCAUCUGCCCGGUCGAGGCUUCCAAGACAAAGACUGCUGGCGCCACCGCGACCCCCUCCGGCGGUGCCUACCCCCCUCCGGCAGCUUCUUCCCCGGCCUACUCUGGUUCCGUGCCGACCAACACCGCCGUCGUCACCCUGAGCACCCAGACCGCCCCGGCUUACACUGCCCCGGCCUCCUCCGGUCCUGCUGGCGGCGUUCCCACUGGCCCUGCCGGCUCCUCGGCCCCUGCCAACUCGGCCCCGGCUGAGUCGUCUCCCGCCGCUGGCACCACUGCUCCGGCUUCUGCUCCGGCUUCUGCCCCCUACUCUCCUCCUGCUGCCUCUUCCGUCCCGGCUUAUCCCGUGCCUGGCAACAGCUCUGCUCCCGUCUACACGGCUCCCUCCACCUCGGUCUAUACUCCUCCCGUCCAGUCUGCUCCCGCUCAGUCUGCGCCCGCUCCCGUCUACUCUGCUCCCGCUGGCUCUUCUCCCUCCAGCCCUGCUGGUGGCUGCACUGAGGCCUACUGCGUUGCUCCCGUUGGAACUGCCCCUGCUGCUCCCCCCCCAGUUCCUACCAGCAACAGCACCGUUCCCCCAGUCAGCGGUGCUGUCGGCCGCACUGAGGGCGUCAGCUUGGCCCUGUUCGGCGGUGUCAUUGCUGCCUUGUUCUUGUAA